AAAGACGCUGAUUCUGUUGCAAAGGACAUUAGCCACAUUAGCAAGACAUGAUUCAGAACACUACUGAAAUCAAGGAUGAGGCACAAGAGAGUAUAGAUCAAACACUCAGUGCCAUCGGAUUUAUAUCCUUCUGUGAAAAUAUAUGCCUAUUUGUUAUCAUGCAAAGAUGUAAACGAUUGCCUCUUCAAAUUAAAUUCCUCAUUCUCAACAUGACUGCCUCCGACUUUAUUCUUGGGAUCAACUGCUUUAUCCUGUUUUGUCGUCCACUGACAGACUAUGUCCUCAACAAGGAUAUGUUCUGCUUUAUUCGACAAAGUAUAUUUUGGACGAAUGUGAUCGUGUCCAUAUUUCUGAUGACUAUCUUAUCACUGGAUCGCUGUCUUUCUCUAUCGCUGGUUAUGAAGUACCAGUCUAAAAUAGGUAUGUGGAUUACAAGCCUCGUUUUAACUGUUGUCUGGAGUCUAGGUAUUAUAUUUGGAGUCUCCAGGUCGUCUGACGUAAAAUCGGUACCGCCUGGACAAUGCAUCCAGAGAGAUGGAAUGCCAACGCAUUUGAUGUACUCUGUUGUUUCUCUGGUGUGUUUCAGUAUCAUUCUAUCGUCGUUUUUCGUCAUCUGCUGUAUUGUUAGAAAAAAUGUGCCUCCCGUUGUCCCCAUGUCGAAUUCACUAAAGGAAAAUCACAAUAUCAUAGCAGCAGAAGUCCGCGCAGUAGUCCGAAUGCAUGUAAUCACCAUUACCUUUCUACUAUGCUAUGUCCCAGGAAUCUUAUGUACAAGCGUUACAGACGUUUUGCCUGAUCUAGAAAGUACACAUCCAACCUUUGCAACGGCAAUGAAGUCAGUGCAAGUCCUGUUUCUGAUCAAUGGAAUUCUGAAUCCAUUCCUGUACGUCUGGAGAUUCAAGGAAUGCAGUAUUAAUGCUAAGCUGCUCCUGCCUGCUUGGGGAGACUGGUGCCAGAGGGUUCAGAUGGAAGCGGCUCGGGAGAGGGUGUUCCUGUAUGCCUCCUAUAUGGAAUCUCCCACCAUCAGCAAUAGCUACAUCAAGGCUAAUGACAAUGGUGUCAUUGCGGAGCCUCCAACAAAACCCCCGGAAACCCUUGUACGCGUACCUCAUUAUAGUAACUGGUAAAAAUUUCUCAGAUAUUUUACAAUAUGUAAAUAUUGUUGAAUUUUUUUUUGAAAUAUUGAUUAGAUAAGGUCCAAUAGUAUCAGAUUUAAUGUAAAACAACAAAAUUAGUAAUUUGAAACUUUCCACAAGUACAGAUGUUUAUUUGUUAACA